AUGCCCGUUCCAACUAAAGACAUUGAUAAGAUAGUGAAGCUUUUGCAGAAAGAAAACUCUAAAGUUGUAUUCUUUGUUGGUGCCGGGAUUUCAACAAAUUGUGGAAUUCCUGAUUUCAGAUCUCCUGAAACAGGACUAUAUGCUAAUUUAAGGAAGCUUAGUUUACCAUACCCUGAAGCCGUUUUCGAUAUUGAAUAUUUUAAGAAUAAGCCAAAGGCAUUUUACACUCUUGCUGAUGAAUUAUUUCCAGGAAAAUUUGCUCCUAGUAAAUUUCAUUACUUGAUUAGAUUAUGCCAGGACAAAAAUCUGUUGAAACGAUGUUAUUCGCAAAAUAUCGACACUUUAGAAAGAAUUGCUGGGGUAGAGGAUGAUAAAAUUGUCGAAGCUCAUGGUUCAUUCGCUUCAAACCAUUGUAUUGAAUGCAAUACUGAGAUGUCAAAAGAAAAACUUCGGGAGUUUAUGAAUAGGGGAGAAAUACCUAGUUGUCUUGAAUGUCAGGGAUAUGUAAAACCAGAUAUAGUUUUCUUUGGCGAGGCUCUUCCCACUAAAUUAUGGGACUUAUGGGAGGAAGACGUUGAUGACAUGGAUAUUGCAAUUGUUGCUGGAACAUCACUUGCAGUUUACCCGUUUGCUAAUUUGCCUGCGGAGGUAACUAAAAAGGCUACGCGUGUAUUGAUUAACAGAGAACUCUGUGGUGACUUUGAAUUGUCUCCAAGAAAAACAGAUAUAGUACUCCUUGAAGAUUGUGAUUCUAUUGCAGAGACGAUAUGUGAAAGAUUGAAUUGGUCUAAGGAGCUAGAACAACUUGUAGCCAAAGGUAAGUCUCAAAUUGGCGGUACAAGGUAUAAGGGUGACGAGACAGCGGUUGAACUCGGGGAACUUAUUUCUGAAAAGGUAUCUAAAGCAAUUUUAAAGGAAGAGGGUCAAGAAGGAGAUAGAAAGGAUGGGGAAAAAGAGGAGGAUAUUUGUGCCUUAGUCGAUGCCAUGGAAAAUGUCAAGGUUGACUGA